AUGGCAUCUGAUAAAGAGGCAAUUGAAAAGUCCAUAACCGAGCGUCUCACCGAAUGGGGCUCAUCCUCCCUCCCCCCCUCCCUCCUCGCAACCCUCAUCACCGCCCUCCACGCCCGCCCCCUCCAACCCCUCCCCCUCACCCUCUUCACCCCAACCCUCCUCUUCUCGUCCUACCUCAACCUCUCGGGCUACCCAACCGCCAGCGCAGGCCUCACCGCCGCCUGGUCCGGCCUCUACGCCCUGCUCGCCCUCCGACGGCGCCAGACUCUCCGCGCGAAAUUCAGCAUCCGCGGCGUCGUGCGCGGGACGGCCGUCGGGCUCGGUGCGGCGAACUGCGUGGCGGGCGGUUGGGUAUAUCUGCAUGGCAGCAAGGAUCGUGAUAGGGACGAGAGGGAGAGCCGGAAUCGGUGGGGGCAGUUUGACGACAAGAAGUGA